CCCCCCCCCCCCCCCACUCACACUACCCCCCUCUCGCUAUUGGUAUUUACCGACAAAAACCAACAGCCGGGAUGGGUCACUCGCUGUGAGUUGACGGGGUCGGACCAGCGUUACGGGACGAGGUGGCCGCCUCGGGCAGGUCUAUUCGGCCGGGAAUGGUGUGAGCUGAGACGGCCAGGCAGUCUGGAUCUGACCGGGGACCCGUCGUUCCCCCGGAGCCUCCGCGGCUCCAAGCCGCGUCCCGAGCCUUCCAAGAUGGGGAAGUGCGACGGAAGAUGCACGCUGCUAGUGAUAUGUUCACUGCAGUUGGUGGCAGCCCUUCAGAGGCAGGUGUUUGAUUUUCUGGGCUACCAAUGGGCUCCCAUCCUGGCCAACUUCCUGCACAUUAUGGCCGUCAUCCUCGGCAUGUUUGGCACCGUGCAGUUUCGUUUCAGAUACCUUAUCUUUUAUGCAGUAUGGCUGGUCCUUUGGGUGGGUUGGAACUCGUUCAUCAUCUGUUUCUACCUGGAAGUUGGAAACCUGUCUCAGGACAGAGACUUUCUUAUGACGUUCAACACGUCCCUUCAUCGUUCGUGGUGGAUGGAGCAUGGUCCUGGUUGCCUGGUAACGGCAGUGCUCGACUCUCGCAUGGCCCCUGACGACCACCAUGUCAUCACCGUCUCUGGGUGUCUCCUUGACUACCAGUACAUAGAGGUGUUAAGUUCGGCCAUUCAGGUCCUGUUGGCUCUUUUUGGCUUUGUAUACGCCUGCUACGUGAGUAAAGUCUUCCAGGAUGACGAGGACAGCUUUGAUUUCAUCGGUGGCUUUGACUCGUAUGGUUACCAGCCUCCUCAGAAGUCCUCCCAUCUGCAACUCCAGCCUCUUUACACGGCUGGUUAGCUGUCGGCCAGUGCCAUCUUCAGGAAUAACCCUGACGGUGCCGCGGCGGAGGGAGAGCGGCGGCUGCCUCGAUCACACUCACCCUGCGUGUCACAGUUUACCGGAGACAUGGACUUACCCCCACCCAGAGGAGGGGGAGGGGGACCCGUGUGCGUGUGUGCAUGUGUGCUUGUGUCUGAGAAAGAGAAAAUGAAGCCCUGAUUAGAAUGUAUGCUCAGGGAUGAACCAGCAUGCCGGGUGGUGUGGUACGAUGAAGGAGGAGGAGGGGAGAUGCAGAGAACCUGAGCUGGGGACACCUCUGUCGAUUCACAGAAGACACAUCUUCACUAAACUGCCAGCUCUCAACACUUACUCAAGUGUGUGUGUGCGUCUGUGUGUCUGCAAUACCACGAUUAGGUGGUGGCCCCCUGGACUCUUACCACUCACCGUCCCUGUGGAUAUUUCUUUUUGGGUGCUUGUGCGCUCGUGUGUGUGUGUGUGUUUGUUUCGGUGUGUGGGGGGGUGACAUAAUAAAUGGAGGCACGGUUCGUACCUGUUGUCGUUUUAGAAUGUGGUGAUGUCAAACUAGAGCAGUCUUACGAUUCCCAUUCCCAGAGCCAUCUGUCCUUCUUCCCAUGAGGUUAAAACCACUGUUUAAAAUCAAGCUUUUUACAUUAUUUUAUCAUUCACCAAAACCAACAAUGCGUUUAUGCGUCGCUGAAAACUUCACCAUAUUUACCAGCUCGUUUGUCUCAAGCCCAAACCAAUUCAUGAACCGAAAAUCUUUUUAAAAAGCUGUCGCAGAAAUGUAUGUUUAUUUCAGAGAAAUGUGGAAAGAAUUGGGCACUGUGAAUUUGAGCAAAAGUCACUAAAACAGUAGUAAAUGUUGCUUUUGUUAUUAUUUUCCAUAAGCUGCACUAGUGCUUAGAGAGGAACGUGUAUGUGGGAUCAUCUCAAAAUAAACUACAGGGCCAUGCUUCAUUGGCGUGAGGGAACACAUCAGCCAACAACAGAGUGGCUCAUAGAUGAGGUUUCUUUAUUUUUUACUUUGGACAGUAAUUCAUUUUACUGAGGAAUGUGACUGGCUAUGGCUUCACAAACACUAAUUGUUAGUAGGAUUACCACAAUAAUUUCACGUGAUUUGGUGAAAAUAAUAAAAAUGUAGAAUACCACCAGACACCCUUAAAGUGUCUGGUGAAAUGUUAAAAAAUUAAGUUCAAUGUGUUUUGCAGGAUAUUUUGUUUUCAGGAAAUAAAGUUCAUCCUACCGGUCCUGUAUUGCUGUUCACUAUGGAUGAAGAUGGCUUUGGGAUCAGGUGUUAGUGUGUCUGUGGGGGUUGAGGGGGAUACUGUGCAUGUAAAUAACCAGCCAAUGAUUGUUUUGUUGGUUCCACUUAGAAAAGAAGGGGAUGCAUUAGGAGGGUGGGGGGUUUAGACAUAAAAGGUUUUCUUCUUACCUGUUUCUCUUUCUAUCUUCUGACCCAUCUACAGCUAACUCUCCAUCAUCUUUCACAAAAACUACAUUCACCUUAUAGCAGCUCACGUCGAUCAAGGGGACCUGAGAGGAACUCCAUGUCAUGAACAGUAGUUUUUGUCAAUGUAAUUGGGGAGGGAGAAGGGAGUUAGGUAUGAGGUGAAUACCUUUCUGGAUGUAAGAAAAAGUUUGAAAUAAAAAAAAUACACUUUCUACGUUAA